AUGUACAUUCAAGACCAUCUUGUGGUCUGGGUCAAAAAGUACCUUUGCAAGACACAUUCAAAGAAAGGGGCUAAGUGCAUCAUAGAUGAUAUCAACCAAAGAAUUGCUACUGUUCCAGCCUUUAUUGGUAUUUACCCUCCACAAGGACAAGGCUUUAAGCAAUAG